CUGAAGCAACAAAGCAGCUAGUUCAGUGUUCCUGAGCCUUCCAGAGGUUGACCUGGCUAUUGCGCUCUGCAGUUAACCUCUGAGUGGCAUUGCCCUUUUGAAGUUACCCUUAAAAAUGAAUCCAGUUGUUUCACAGCCAAGAUAUGGUGCAGGGGGUACGAUGGCUAGUGACUGGCAAACUGGCGCAUUUGACUGCUGUAAUGACAUAGGGAUUUGCCUCUGCGGGACUUUCUUCCCUCUGUGCCUGUCAUGUCAGAUUGCCUCUGACAUGGAUGAAUGCUGCCUGUGUGGGGCAAGUGUCGCCAUGAGGACCAUGUAUCGAACCCGAUACGGCAUCCCGGGAUCCAUUUGCAGUGAUUUCCUGUGGCUGAUGUGUUUCCCUCAGUGUGCCCUGUGUCAACUCAAGCGAGAUAUUGAAAAAAGAAAAGCAAUGAAUGCUUUCUAAAAAUGCUUGGUAAAAUUUACAUUGUGGUGAAAGAAAAUGCUGAAAUAAAAUACUGCAUCUAUUAAGUGCUAUCUCACCUCAGAUAUUAGAAACUAAUUCAACUAACCAUAUGGUUUCAAAUAGCUUCAAAACAUUUUAACUUCCAGUUUAUUUUGAAAGAAAUAUGUUUCUAGUGCUGUUCUCUAAGAUAAUUGGCAUUAAACAAUAAUUCCCUCAACAACCCUUGUGUCUUUAAGUAUUGUUUUAUGGGAAAUUACAAUAUGCUGCUGUUAAAAAUGAACUAAUGUUUGUCAAAUGUUGAAGUUGAAUGAUAAGCAGAUGGAG